UAAUAAAAGGAAAAGAAAAUUGAGAGAAGAGUAACCAAAGACACCAAAAUGCCGGUCGAUAUAUGCAGUCAACAACACAAUUUGCUCAGUUCAAGGAGUGGAACAACAGAUACCUCGUUGUCGUUGAACUCGCUGUCCCUGACUUCCGCUCUGCCGCCAACGGAUCCCGAUCAUCACAACUCACACAAUCCGCACAACAUGAACAAGCUGUGCCGCCAAGUGUCAAUUGAGUCGCCCGGCCCGGGGGCCAAGAACUGCGUCUUCAACUUCUUCGUGCCCAUCGAGGACACGCCGGCGCUGGGCGCCCGCAUCCGGAUCGUGUGCGCCGGAGCCUGCUACCGUCGACGCGAUCGUUCGAACUCCAUAACCAGCAUGUCGUCGGUGUCCUCGGAGCUGAGCGACUACUGUCCGUCGGUCAACUCGAUGUCCUCGCCCGCCCACCAGGGCAUCCGGGAGGGCUCCUUCUUCCCCGGCUUCGAGGUGGCCGGCGUGAUCGAGUCCCUGGGCUCGGAGAUCACCGAGGCGAACAAUCGUGGCCUGCGCAUCGGCCAGCGGGUCAUCGUCUAUCCGUUCGACGAGACCCCGGCCGGUUAUGCCGAGCUGCUGGUGGUGCCGGAUCUGAAGUACGUGGUCCCGAUCCCCGACAGCCUGCCCAUGGAGGUGGCCGCCAUGCUGCCCACGGGCGCCCUGCUCGCCUGGAACGCCGUCUUCAAGGCCCAGGCGGUGGUCACACAGAUCCUCAGCCAGCGGGCCGCCACGGAGCCGAAGCGAAAGCCCAAGAUCCUGAUCGUGGGCACCGGAGGACUGGCGCUCUGGGCCGUGCGCAUUGCCUCCUAUCACUUUGCCACAACCGGAGCCGACAACGUGGACAUCACAGUGGCCAGUCUCAGGGACGAGGGCUUCCGCCUGGCCACGGAGAUCAAAAACGUCAGCGUGGUGCAGUGGAACGAAUGCCUCUACGAGCCGCAGCUCAUCGAGCGCACCAAGGACGUGUGCGGCGGAGCCGUGGACGUGGUGAUUGACUUCGGCACAACCUCGAGGAGCCUGCACCGCUCGAUGCACUGCCUGUCCAAGGGCGGCGUGGUCCUGAUCAGCGACGAGGUGGCCGAGAAGCUGCUGCCCAAGUUCUCGCGGCUGUCGGAGCAGUACCAGCAGGAGAUCAUCGCCAUCUCGAACGGCACCGCCGAGCAGCUGGCGGAGGUGGUGGAGCUGGUGGCCAACAAGAAGAUCGAGCCGCCGCCGCACUCCGUGUUCCCCUGCGAACAGGCGGCCGAGGUCAUCACAAAGCUGUGCAACUCCGAGAUACCCGGACGAGCCAUCCUCCGCUUCCACGACAUAGAGUAGGCUAUUUACCAG